AUGUCGGAUCCUAUCUGGUCUGCUCUUCAAAAUACGCUUACCGUACCAUACACAGACUUACAGGUGGCAACAUCGAAUUUUGCCGACGAGAACAUCCUCGGUAAGGGUGGUUAUGGUGUCGUGUAUGUGGGGGAGUGGAAGCACACCAAAAUCGCAGUGAAGCGGUUCAUGUCUACUGGUACCAAGGGUGCUCAAAUCCAACGGGAACGGCUCCGACAAAGCCUCCAAGAGUUGAAAACCUUAGCCAAAUUUCGUCAUGACAACAUUCUUCCUUUAUAUGCCUUUUCUCUCGAAGGCCCGGAGCCAUGUCUCGUAUACCAGUACAUGUCAAAUGGUUCUCUCGAAGAUCGUUUAUUGUGCAGGCACGGAACUCCUCCAUUGUCGUGGACGCAGAAAAGGGAAAUAGCAGAGGGCACUGCUUGCGGUCUCCAUUUCCUACAUUCAAUAGGAAGUGUUCCUAUUAUUCAUGGAGAUGUAAAGUCUGCGAACAUACUGUUGGAUAGGCACUUCGAACCGAAGCUCGGCGAUUUUGGGUUAAGCCGUGAUGGAAAGGUUGAAGCAGAUGCUGACGAAAAGUCUCCACUGAUAGCGUCCCAUGUGAAGGGAACCCUCGCCUACCUUCCACCUGAAUUCAUUACAAAUAAGAUACUCUCAACAAAGCUGGAUGUGUACAGCUUCGGCAUUGUUCUUCUAGAGAUAUGCACAGGAAUGAGAGCUUUCAUGGAUUCACGAGUACCUCCAAGUCUUGCCGAAUACUGCAUUAGUGCUAGAGAUGCACGGAAAUGUACACCGGAACGUUCGUCUCUUGCUUGGGUUGAAGCAGAUGCUGACGAAAAGUCUCCACUGAUAGCGUCCCAUGUGAAGGGAACCCUCGCCUACCUUCCACCUGAAUUCAUUACAAAUAAGAUACUCUCAACAAAGCUGGAUGUGUACAGCUUCGGCAUUGUUCUUCUAGAGAUAUGCACAGGAAUGAGAGCUUUCAUGGAUUCACGAGUACCUCCAAGUCUUGCCGAAUACUGCAUUAGUGCUAGAGAUGCACGGAAAUGUACACCGGAACGUUCGUCUCUUGCUUGGGUUGAAGCUCUAAUGGAUAAACGCACCCCAUGUGUUAGAAAUCAAGGCGUUGUUGUAGCAUGGUGUGAUGGGGUCAUGUAUCUGGGAUUGAAGUGUGCGGACAAGGAUCGACACUUACGACCUUCGUUUCCUCAAAUAGUCGAAGCUCUUUCAAAUCUACCGUCGAUUGCC